AGAGAGAGAGAGAGAGAGAGAGAGAGAGAGAGAGAAAGAGCGCAAGUGCUCAGCGCAAUAUGUGAAGAGGAGGAAUUGGGUGGCGUGUGAAGUGAGCAUGGCACCAAAGCGAACGCCUCCCAGCUUCCGAACCACACGGCACUCAGACACAACACUGAACACUCUGGCAAGAAACAUCAGCGUUUACCUCGCUCAGACUGUCACCAGUCCACGGAGCGCUUUGCUUUCGCGUCUUGUGGACAGAGAGAGUUGACGAGGCUGAUACACAGCCACACAGCAUUGACACCGGCUUAUUGCCUGCCUUCACAACAAACAGCACGGAAUAUUGUUUUACUCAGAAGGCAAACUGAAGACAAGACAGAGUAUUUAUUAUUUUCACAUCUUUGAACACUAUGGACUAACUUUUUUGUUUAUUUAAACUGAAGGGUCGCAUCUGGGAAAUAACGAUUUGCAUGACGUUGCAAGGAUAUUUUUAGAUUUUUAGAAAGAGCUCGUGCUUAGUUUCAUUGAGUAGGCUUCUUAGGCCACUGCUUUUUGGGGUGUUUUGCGAGAUUUUUGCUCAAGCCAUGGAGACCGUGUAGGUUCAUUUAAUAGGCUUGGACCGCUGAUUUUUUGGGUUGUGUUCUGUGAGAGUAUUUUGCGCAAACCAUGAUGGAGACCGUGUCGGUUCUGCAACAGCAGCUGUCCCAUCCCGGGACUUUAACGGACCAGUACCAACACCAGAACUCCUCCACCGGCAGCGGCAGCGGGAGCGGCGAGCACCACUGUUCCGAGGACGACGCGCUGUUGCCGGUAGACUAUCCUCAGUGUCGCCGGGGAUCCUCCAGCAACAGCGUGAAGAAGCACCUUCACAAGCACAACCUCAAGCACCGCUACGAGCUUCAGGAGACACUGGGCAGAGGCACUUACGGCAAAGUGAAGAAGGCCAUAGAGCGACACACCGGCCGGGUGGUGGCCAUUAAGUCCAUCCGUAAGGACAAGAUAAAGGAAGAGCAGGACAUGGUCCACAUCCGACGAGAGAUCGAGAUCAUGUCCUCUCUACGCCACCCACACAUCAUCACCAUCUACGAAGUGUUUGAGAAUAAGGAUAAGAUUGUGAUCGUGAUGGAGUAUGCCAGUAAGGGAGAGCUGUACGAGUACAUCAGCGAGAGAAGGAGACUGAGUGAGAGAGAGACCAGACACUUCUUCAGGCAAAUAGUCUCCGCAGUGCACUUCUGCCACAAGAAUGGGAUUGUGCAUCGAGAUUUAAAACUGGAAAAUGUCCUGCUGGAUGAGAACUGCAACAUCAAGAUUGCAGACUUUGGGCUGUCCAACCUCUACAGUAAGGACAAGUUGCUGCACACGUUCUGUGGAAGCCCUCUCUACGCCUCUCCUGAAAUCGUCAACGGAAGACCCUACAAAGGACCAGAGGUGGACAGCUGGGCGUUGGGAGUGCUCCUGUACACGCUGGUGUACGGCACCAUGCCGUUUGACGGGGCCGACCACAAGAAGCUCAUACGGCAGAUCAGCAACGGGGAGUACAGGGAACCCACACAGUCCUCAGACGCCCGUGGGCUGAUCCGCUGGAUGCUGAUGGUGAACCCCGAGCGUCGUGCCACGGUGGAGGACAUCGCCAACCACUGGUGGGUCAACUGGGGCUGGAAGUCCAGCGUGUGCGACUGUGAGGCGCCGAAGGGCUCCGACGGCGCGCCGGGCUGCGGCUCCUCUCCCAUGCUGGCCCGAUUCAUUGACUGGCAGAACCGCACCGAUGGACGCUGUGCUACCACCGCCGGUACCGGCACCGGCAAGACACUCGGAACCCGCGGAUCUGAAACGUCCCCUCCCAUGGUGAAUGGGUCGGGGUCCGGGUCAGGGGGACCGGGACGGCAGCGUGUAAGGAGGUCGUCCAAGGAGAACGACGCGGGGUUGGCGGCAGGGGUCGUGCGGGGGCUCGGAGGUCAAGUGACGGGUCACAUGACCACAGAGGACAAGCCACCGGGCCUGAAGCGGCCUAAAGGCAUCCUGAAGACGCGCGGGGCGACGGGCGACCACCGAUCGCAGAGCCUGGGGGAGAUCGAGCUGCGACGCUCCUUACAGUACCCGGACGGCUCCUUCAGCAUUGGUUAUGGCGUCGGCUGCGGUGUUGGUUACGGCGUCAGUGGUGGUGCCAUCCUUUCCCCCGGCAGCGGUGGGAACGCGGAAGAGGAGGAGCACGAUGAGCAUUUCCAGCUGGGCGGCUCUCCUGCCAAGAUGGCGCCCACAUCGACAUCGACGUCGACGCUGCCCAAGAAGGGCAUCUUGAAGAACAACAGCAGCAACAGCAAUGGCAGCAGCAGCCAACAACAACAGCGCGAGUCCGGCUACUACUCCUCACCAGAGCGUAGUGAGUCCUCCGAACUGCUAGGGGGCGACAACAACUCCAACACCUCCUCCACCAUGCCCGCUCCGCCAGCUCCUACAAGCUCGCCCACCCGCCGAGCCACGGGGCGCAAGGGCAUCCUGAAACGCAACGGCAAAUACUCCACCCACAGCAGCAGCAGUAUUAGCAGCAGUAUCAGCAGCAACAGCAUCUCUCACAGCGACCUAGCCGGCACCGGGCCGGACUCGGGCCUGACUCGCAGCCAGAGUCGUCCGUCCAGCCUGGCGGCAGUGGGGGACGAGGACAUGGGACUCAGCUGUGCGCCAUUGUUCCCCGUCCCGAGCAUGGACUGGCCGCCAUCCUCCCCUAAGCACAUCCCCCCCAGCAGCAUGGACUGGCCAUCGGUCUCGCCCGGCCCCAACAUCCGGGCCUGUCUGUCGGCCGAGGACCUGCUCCCUCUGGCUUCGGGAUUCAGGGGUCUCCUGGCUGCGGGACCGGCGUCUGGGAUGCACGGCAUGGCCAAGCUUGUCGGGGUGCAGGCACGACAAGGACAAGGGAGCCCGCCAGGAUCGCCCGGCGACAACGGGAGUUUCUCUCUGCUCGGCGACCUGGAUGACAUGACCCAGGUGUAUCAGCAGGCCCUGGACAUCAGCAACAAGCUACUCUAAAGACGCACAGAUAUAGCGAGAUGGGGAGAUGGAGAGAUGGAGAGAUUAAGAGAGAAAGAUGGAGUGAUGACAAGAGGUGAAAAGUGGUGAAAGAGUGGAAGCAGUCUCUCGUGAACUCUAUUCAGGCUCUAGAGAUGAGCAACAUGAUGAACCAGAUUGGACAGAUACAGAUAGAGAAACAUUUUGACUGCCAUUUUAGGGACACUCCAAUAGCAAGUUGAUCUACCUUGACUGGGUUGUGUUUCUCAACAGCCUUGUUGCCUAAUAAGUUAGCAGUUAGCAACUUACUUGGUAGCAGUGCAAUUUCCCAUUGGCAACCUACUGCUAACAGUUGCUAACAGGUUAGCUACGAUGAUUUCCAGAAACGGGGUCCUGGAAAGACCACACACACACAGAAAAGGAGAGAUGAUGAGAUGGAGGCAUAAGGGUGAAGCCGUCUCUCCUGGACUCCUUUUGACUGCCAUUUGCUGACACCUUUUCUGCCAACUAAUUCAGCUACUUACUUGAUUGUA